CGGAGACUUUCUCCGUCGCUCUCCGCCCUCAAUCCCUAAAUUUUGCUAUCCUCCAUCGAUUUCGAUUUCUCCUCAAGGUUCGCAAUCCGUCUCUCUCCGUCUCUGUUGGUUCUCCCGAUCCAUCUUCCUCCCUCUCGUUUUAUCUGGGAUUGGAGAUCGACAGCGUUGUUGAUUUAGGUAUGCGAAAGAGAGAUCUUUGCCCAAUUUUUCCUCGAUUUUUAUCGUUUUUUCUUUUAUUUACUUUAAAUGAGCGACAUCCGAGUUUUAGAUUUUGAAGGAUCGGCUCGAUCGAAGUCUCCCCCAAGUUUUAGAUUGUUUAGGGUUUCUUGCGGGGCCGUCUCGUAUGGAUUGGUUUUCGUGGACGAUAUCCGAUCUUUUGACUCUGUUUGCAUGAAACCCUAAUUGAAGAUCUUUCGCCAAUUUUUCUUCGAUUAUUAUUUCGUGACUGCUGAAGAUUUUAUGAUGCUUGCUUUAUAAGCCCUCUUUUAAUCGGAACUGAAAGGAUGCAGCUUUUGGUUCCCAAGUUGCUUGAUCUGAAUUGAGUUCUUUAAGAGAGAUCGACGAUGGAGAAAGGAGACAAGUCGAGUUUGUUUGUUAAUGAUGGAUCUUUCAUGGAGAAAUUUAAGCAACUCCAGCAAGAGAAGGUCCCAGCUGCUGCAGCUGAUCGGUCUAAAUCUAGCACUUCGGCUACCCCUUCUGUUGCCCUGAAACCUUCUGUUAUUGUUAACAAAAGACCGCUGGAAGUUAAAGUAAAGGAUACGAAGAAGGGAAGCACUCUGACCUCCGGUGGCAAGCUUGCCUUCAGCUUGAAGCAGAAGUCGAAGGUUGCAGCAGCGCCAAUUAAGUUUGUGACUGAUGAGGAGGAGGAAGAGGCUGCUGAAGCCGAAGCUGUUUCUGGAGAUGAACCCAUUAAGCGCCAGAAGUUGGGUCAAAGAGAUAUCAUUCAGUCUUUGUCACAACAGCAGGAUGUUGCACCAUCUCCUCCAACUGAUCCAGCAGUAAAGAAAGUUGCAGAUAAGUUGGCAAGUUUUGUUGCAAAGAAUGGUAGGCAGUUUGAGAACAUCACACGCCAACGGAAUCCUGGAGAUACACCUUUCAAGUUUUUGUUUGAUUCAAGUUGUUCAGAUUAUAAAUACUAUGAGUAUCAGCUCUUUGAAGAGGAAAAGGCUCUUGCACAAUUGAAAGAUUCUAAGGCAUCAGAUUCUGCCAAUGGAAGCACCUCAACUUCUAGAGUAGCAAGUGGAUCUGAAAGGAGCAACAUCCAACAACGUCCUAAUUACCAAACCCCUGCUUCAGCUUUGUAUGGAUCUUAUGAAGAAUCUGGCUCGUCUGGAAGAUCUUCCAGUUAUGGUGAGUCCAGUGGGUCUUCACCUGCAGAUCCCAUUGCAAUGAUGGAGUUUUACAUGAAGAAGGCUGCUCAGGAGGAGAGAAUAAGGCAACCGAAGCAAUCAAAAGAUGAAAUGCCACCACCUGCUUCUCUUCAAGCUCCCCCUAAAAAAGGUCAUCACAUGGGUGAUUUCAUUCCACCAGAAGAGUUGGAGAAGUUUCUGUUUUCUUGUAAUGAUGCAUCUGCACAGAAAGGUGCUAGAGAGGCUGCAGAAAAAGCAAGAAUCCAGGCUGACAACAUUGGGCAUAGGCUUCUAUCUAAAAUGGGUUGGAAAGAAGGUGAGGGACUAGGCAGUGACAAGCGCGGACGUGCAGAUCCAGUGAUGGCAGGUGAAGUGAAGAAGGACAAUUUAGGUGUUGGUGCACAAAAACCUGGCGAAGUUACCGCUGAUGAUGAUAUAUAUGAGCAGUAUAAGAAACGGAUGAUGCUUGGUUAUCGUCAUCGUCCAAACCCACUGAACAAUCCACGGAAAUCAUAUUACUAAAUGGAGGACCAAGCAGCCACUGAAGCUGGAAAUGGAAGGCCUGCUUUUUAUCCACCCAAAGUUUGCUUUUCCUGUUGAUGGAUAUCUUGAGCUUCCUUCAGAGACCGGUAGAGAAUAUAUGCUGCAAGCAGGCUUGUCAGACUGCAUCGUGCAUUAAUAACUGCUGCAAAGAGCAAUGAAAAGUUUGGGGAAUCAACUCAACAUUCUUUGAGUGCAUGAGUGCUCAGGUAGUAUUGAAACUGGUGCAUGUAGUGUCAAGUAGGAUCUGCUGCAUUCAAAGAAGCUUGACUGAGAAGACUUUUUCUUUGCUCGAGUCAUUCAUGUGUUUCAACUUUCCUUCUCCACUGACGCUUGCAUUUAACUCGAUCUACCAAAAUUAUGUUUGGUGUU